AUGUCUGUGCCAGCGGCUUGCACGCGAUUCAGUGACAACUACGACCUGAAGGAGGAACUCGGCAAAGGUGCCUUCUCCGUGGUUCGACGAUGUGUGCAAAAAAGCACCGGUCACGAGUUUGCUGCAAAAAUUAUAAACACCAAAAAACUCUCAACUAGAGAUUUCCAAAAACUCGAGCGUGAGGCGCGGAUAUGUAGAAAACUACAACAUCCAAAUAUUGUGAGAUUACAUGACAGUAUACAAGAGGAGAAUUUCCAUUAUCUUGUCUUUGAUCUAGUCACCGGCGGAGAACUGUUCGAGGACAUCGUCGCCCGGGAAUUCUACAGCGAGGCGGACGCCUCGCACUGUAUUCAACAAAUCCUGGAAAGCGUUCACCACUGCCACCAUAACGGAGUUGUGCACCGGGAUCUGAAACCCGAAAAUUUACUCCUCGCGAGCAAGGCGAAAGGGGCGGCUGUGAAAUUAGCAGAUUUUGGUCUAGCGAUCGAGGUGCAGGGUGAAGCGCAGGCAUGGUAUGGUUUCGCUGGAACGCCCGGCUAUCUCAGUCCGGAGGUGCUGAAGAAGGAGCCAUACGGAAAACCAGUCGACAUAUGGGCGUGCGGUGUCAUACUGUACAUUCUCCUGGUCGGUUAUCCGCCCUUUUGGGACGAGGAUCAGCAUCGGCUCUAUGGACAGAUCAAGGCCGGAUCGUACGAUUAUCCGAGUCCAGAAUGGGACACCGUCACGCCGGAAGCCAAGAACCUUAUCAAUCAGAUGCUGACGGUGAAUCCAGGAAAGAGGAUCACUGCCAGCGAGGCACUGAAGCAUCCAUGGAUCUGCCAACGUGAGCGUGUUGCAUCUGUGGUGCAUAGACAAGAGACCGUGGAUUGCUUGAAGAAAUUCAAUGCAAGGCGCAAGUUAAAGGGCGCUAUAUUGACGACCAUGCUGGCGACGCGGAACUUUUCCAGUAAGUAUGAUGCACAGGGUCGAAGCAUUAUCACGAAGAAGGGUGAUGGCUCUCAAGUGAAGGAAUCCACCGACAGCAGCACAACGAUCGAAGACGAUGAUGUUAAAGAGGAUAAGAAGGGCGGCGUCGACCGGAGCAGCACGGUCAUUGCCAAAGAACCCGAAGGUACACCUCCGAGCAGCCCCGCGACAAUGUCCGCGUUCUCCAGGAUGGUCGGCGCGGCCACAACCAUGGCGAACAAACAGGCCCCGAAUCAGAACCAGACCCAGAUUCAGGCCCAGGCCCAGAUUCAGAAUACGGGCAACCCCCUCGGAAUUGCCGCGGUUCUUCUUCAAGGGGCCCAAGCUGGCAGCGCAGGAAGCGGUAGCAGCAGCGGUAGCAGCAACAACAGCCAGAACAGCCAAGUCGGCGCGUCACCAUCCUCGCCGGCCAGUAUCAGCCAUCAGGCGAAUGGUAGCAACGAGCCGAUAGCAUCGCGACGUCAGGAUUCCUCGCCCACCGCACGCCGACAGGAAAUCAUCAAGAUGACUGAGCAAUUGAUCGAGAGCAUCAACACCGGAGAUUUCGAGGCAUACACGAAAAUCUGUGAUCCACAUCUGACCGCAUUCGAGCCGGAGGCUCUAGGUAAUUUAGUCGAGGGAAUGGAUUUUCACAAAUUUUACUUUGAUAAUGCAGUCUUGGGGAAAAACUGUAAGGCGGUCAAUACGACAAUCCUGAAUCCCCACGUCCAUUUGCUGGGCGAGGAUGCUGCUUGCAUCGCGUAUGUCAGGCUGACGCAAUACAUGGACAAACAAGGCGUAGCGCAUACCCAGCAAAGUGAGGAAAGCCGCGUGUGGCACAAGAGGGACAACAAAUGGCAGAACGUGCAUUUUCAUCGAAGCGCGGUGACGGGUCCAUCCCCGUUCUCCUUCAACCACAAAUAAAUCGGCCAAGAGGACUGUCCUGCUGCCGCUCUCGGCGAAUGCUCGUUGUCCCCCGAUAGAGCGCGAAUGAACGAAGUAACGAAAUGUUAGGAAUACGGGAUACAACGUACGGCGGGCAUCCUCACGAAACACACACGUACACAUAAAACACGUACAUAAGAACGAAGUUACGAACGAAGAGAGCACACAACGACGUAAUGCGGUAUUCGAGAGACAGAGAACAUAUAAGUAACGCGCUACAGUAACACACGAAUACAAAUACAUUUACAUAUAGUACCAAACGCGACAAAACCGAAGAUGUGGCGCAUCCGCCGGCAUGUAUUACUUGCUCCAGUACCUGCUCAGCGUACUUACUACCUAUCCUUACGCGUGCACGCCCACCGCGCCAAGUGUGCCUCGGAGCCUCGACGAGGGAAAUAUGCGGCAUAUCAGCAUAUGCGCGAAUCAUUGGAAGCGCGAGAAAAGAGCAGAGAGAGAGUCGGUCAAUCGAUUGUUGUAUGUAUCGUAACGAGUACCGAGGACACGAGGUAGACACUGUCCAUUGUCGGUUAAUGAACGCGAUCGCGGCGGAGAGAGAGAGAGAGAGAGAGAGAGAGAGAGAGAGAGAAGGGAAAUUUCUGGGCUGCAACGUUCAUGCACAUGCACUCCGAUCAUUCGUUUCGCCGGCAUCUUAACAUCGUCCGUUUUGGUUUCGUAUCUUGCGCGCGACGACGCGUUCUUCUUCGGUUCUCGAAAGCGAGACUGACGUCGAUUUCUCAAGAGAGCAAGCGGAUCCUCCAAACAGAAUUGUGAUAUCGAGACAAGUCAUCGCGUGUGCGACAAAGAGAUCAUGAAACCGCUAUCGCAAUCAAACUCGCGUCGAUGUUUCAUGUAUCGUCAAGCAUCAUCAGCAAAGUUGGAAAAUUUCAAUGCGAGGAAAUGUAAUAAAGAGAGUCGGAUAAAAUGAAUAGCACAAUGGCAGAUGAAACGAGUCGUCGGAGACGGCGAAGAGAGACGGAAAGCAGGAAGAGGAAGUGGAGGACGAUAGGGUCGACUCGGAUCGAUGCUGGGCAUCGACGGGGACAGCGACGGUCGUGAUGGAACGAGAAGAGGAGUAAGAGCGAGAGAAAGAACAAGUAUCCAAGUAUCGACAUAAGAGAGACAGACAGAGAGAGAGUGAGAGGGGGGGGGGGGAGUGUGAGAGAGAGAGAAAGAGAGAGAGAGAGAGAGUGAGUAGAGAAAACGAUGGUGCGGCGUGGUGUGGAAGAGCAACGGAAUGGAAUCGCGAUCGAAAAUUGCGACUGAGUGCCACGCCGUGUUUGCGUUGAUGAACGUUAACAAACGCAGCGGCAGCAUAUUUCUCCAUGUGAUUUCUUUCUUCGGCUUUCGCUCUCGUCUCGUCUCGGCGAGAUACGGAGCUGCAUCUAGACGCGUGCGACGAGAGAGAAAAUCUCAGCGCAUUCGUGGCGAGAUGCGAUCAAAAAUCUGCGCGCAAAAGAUAUCUCGUUUCUAUUUAUUUCAUUAACUUAAAUUAUUAACCAAUUUUUUAAAUUCUCUUGAUAAAUAGAUUCGCGUGGCGCGUAUGUUCGACACGUUCUAUCGACUCGAUCUCUUGACAUCGGAUGUAUCUUUCGAAUGCACAAAUAUCGUUUAAUAAAUCAACGAUAAUAUCGCGACGUAGAACUUGAACGAAAAGGAGAUACAAGAUAUAGGAAAAAUAUAUCCGCCAUGGGAUAAAUUUGACAUCUCUUUUAGAGAAUUGCAUUUUUACCUAGUAAUGUUCAAGAAAGUACUUCGAGCUUCAUAUUUAACGUAGCGUAAGUUUGACAUAUAUAAGCUUCAAUUAUUUCUAUUGCGAGAUUAACGGCAAUUCAAAAUGUACGCGAUUAUGCUGUCAUGUGUAAGUAUAUAUCACGCGAUAUCAAAUCCUUCGUAAUAUUCCUUCUGAAUAGUGAGUACCACUGAGACGAUAAGUAAUAAAUUUAUUAAUCGACGAACUUGCUGAUGUUUGAUAGAUUGCAUCUCGCUGCGGAAAAAUAUACCUUCUUCCCCUUUCCUCCCUUCACAUGCAUUUAAAGAAGACACAUAAUGCGCGUGACCGUCCUAGAUAGAGAGAAAGAAAUAAUCUUUAACUGUCUCAUUUUAUGAUUGUCAGGCACUUUGAUGACUGGCGUAUUUGUAUAUCCGGUUAUUUUGAACGGUGGGCGUUGUGAUAUAUUCACAUAUACAAUAAACGGAUAAAUCAUACAAAAUAUUCACGUAUUUCCUAUUAUCUUUACUCUUUUAGCUCAGUCUUCUAAUUUCAUUUGUCAAACAAUCUUGUAAUUUCUAUGUGCACAUAAAAAUGAUUAACGAAAAAAUAUUAGAAAGGAAAAAUUAUCUUCCACACAAAUAAAAGAAUUAAGGAUAAAGCGGGCAGCACAGACUUGCAUAAAGCAUAUAACACAUAAGGCAUAAGAAAUUUAACCAAUCAGAGUUCUUUAUUUCAUGGAAAGGAAGAAAACGAAAAAUUUUUAUUGGUUCAUCUUUUUUAUGCAUUACGUGUUAUGGGUUGUGUAAGAAUCUGUGCUUCCUGUCUAAAAGAGGAAAGAAAAAAGAAAAAUGGAAAAGCAGACAGUGUUAUAAAAAAACGCCG